GGAUCCAUGAUCCGUGGAGCAAGAAAUUCCUCCAUGCGAGAUGGCUUCUUCUUCUUCUCUCGGCCAUGGCGAUGCGGAGCUUUCCCCCGCGACUGACCUUGGCGAGGCAACCGCAACGGCGCUCUCUUGCGCGUCAUCGCCAUCGAUCACCAUGGCGAUCGUCAAGUCCGAGCCCAUGGAGCCCGAUCCCAUGAGAAUCAAGUUCUUGCAGCAGAAGGCGCGGUUCCACGAAGCAGUAGCGGCGCACGACGCACUCCAGGAACAGCCUACAUUGCUGCUGGGCAGUGGCGAUGGUGGCGAUGGCCGCGAUCCCAGCGACGCCCAUGGCGUCCGGCGUCGAAAGAAGAGCCGGACCGAUCUCGCGGUAGCCGCCCAGUUCCAGAAGAGGGAAGACUUCCUUCACCACAGGAAGCGCCAGAUCGGCAGCAUCCCGGGCGUGGAGGUGGGCGAUACGUUCUCGUGCCGCGCGGAGAUGCAGAUCAUGGGCAUCCAUAGCUUGCCCGUGGCGGGGAUCGACACCAUGGACUGGGAGCCGGGUGUCCCCGUGGCCAUCGCGGUUGUGCUCAAGCGUAGCAGCGUCUAUGGCGACAAUUGCGACGCGGGCGAGAGGGUGAUCUACUCGGGCCAGGGAGGAUUCAAGAAAGGAAACACCGAGGACCAGAAGCUCGAGGGCGGGAAUGUGGCGCUGGAGAACUCGAUGAAGAACAAGCUGGCGGUGCGCUUGAUCCGGGGCUACCUGGGCGCCGAGUUUGGGCGAUUCAAGACGCUCUACAGCUACGACGGCCUCUAUCUCGUCAAGCGGAUGCUCUACGGCCCGGGAAGGCGCGGGAACUUGGUGUAUCAAUUCGAGAUGGAGCGCAUCAAGAACCAGCCGCCUCUGCGAUUCUACGAUCGUUUUGAUCCCCCCUUCCCGGCCUUGCCAGCAGCGGCGCUGCCGUCUGGGAUGAUCGCGGCACUCGGGGCAAAUGCGCCGCAGUCGAGCUGCUCGUCGGCGCUCGAGGUGUUUCAUUCCCCGCCACCGCCGACGCCGCCACCACCACAAACGCCGCCACCGCCGCCAUCGCCACCGCCGCCUCCCUCCGCCACCGCCAAGAAGAGGAAAUUCCCUCGAUUGUGUUUGUAACUACGUAGGCUCAAUCGAAAUUUAGGGUUUAUCUGUA